GAAUGUUAUAAGCACAAAACUACAAAUAAAUAAAAUUUUAUCUAUGCAAUGGGCAGACAACAGACAUAUAGUACUCUGCUCCGAAAGUGGUGAUAUAUGCGUUAUAGCAUCUAAAGGUAGUGAAGUAGAAAUUGUUUCAAAAUUUUUACUUCCACAUUGUAAAGAAAGAUGGCUGACCUCUGCAGCUAUGAACUUAGACAAUAACUUACUAGUUGUGGGAGAUCGAUGUGGUAACAUUCAUUGUUUCAUUAAAGAAGGCACAAAUCCUAUAAAAACAUUCGCUAAAGUACACGGUAGGUAUGGCCCUACUUCGAUAAGAAUAAAAAAUAAUGGAAUUAUAUCAACUGGUAGGGAUGGAACAAUCAAAUAUUUUUCCGUGUACUAUAACAACGGCGUAUAUCGAAUAAAACAUACUAGUUCUAAGGAUUUAGGAUUUCAAUGGGUAGAAAAAUGUAUUGACUCUCAAGAUAAUUUAAUUUGUGGUUUCCAAGAGAGAGUGUUUGUUAUAGCCGAUUUAAGAAAUAAUUCGAAGUUACUCGAAGUGCAUUGUGGCGGAGGCCAUAGAUCUUGGGACGUAGUGCGCUAUAUAGAAAAUAUAAAUAAUGGUUAUGAACAAAUUAUUAAAUUAGUUUACUUAAAAAAUUCUGAUAUUAACAUGCAGACAUUUUGUAUAAGUAAAAUUACAUCCAAAGACAUUAUAAAAGGUACACAUUCAAAAGAGAUUAACUGUUUGAAAUCACACCACCCACAGUUAGAGGAAUCUGCGACGUUCUUUAUAUCAGGCGGGGAAGAUACAACUUUAAGAGUGUCGAUUGCUAAAGAAAGUAAGCAUUUCCAGGAUGAGGUUAUUCUAAAACAUCUGUCGAGUAUCAGAACUUUGAAAGUUUUUCUUUUGGAGAUUGAUAAGCUACUUGUUGUUUCGGGCGGCGGAAGAGCGCAAAUUUGUAUUAAUAUAAUGCAUUUUGUUAAAGACUGUGAUGAUGUUAAAGUAGUAGUGGAAGAUGUUAUUGAUUUUUUAGUUAAAGGUACAGACAAAGAGCGCAAAGGUGCCAAAACUUGGCGUAACUGUACUGUGGAUUUCGAUCCAGAAACUCGAAUUAUGGACUUAGAGGUUGUUGAAGGCAAAGAUAAUUGUUUUCUUAUCUAUGCAGGGUGUUCCGAUGCUUACCUUAGGAUUUUUCAAUUUAAAUAUCACGACGACAAAGUAACGUUCAAACCUUUAGGACAGUUGAAGUAUCAUAAAACGUGCAUACUUAAAACUCAUUGCGUAAAAUUUCUAGAUAAGAUUAUUCUAAUGACGUGUACAACAAGAGGAGAAGUUUGCUUUUGGGAUCUUACUGAACCAAAUAGUAUAACAGACAAUGAUGCUACAGCUUUCCUCUCUACGACCACAAACAAAUCUGGUAUCAACUGCAUUGCGUCAAAAAUAAUUUCCGAUUCAGAAAUACUGUUAGCUACGGGAGGUGACGAUAAUGCAGUUCAUGUGAAAAUAGUUCAUAUACCAAAUGAAGAUUUUCAAUCUGCUGAAAUUGUUCAUACUUGGACAUCUGACAGAUUUCACGGUUCACAAAUAACUGGUGUUUUAUUAAAAGACAAUAUUAUGGUGACAGCGUCGAUUGAUCAACGGGUAACAGUUUUUAAAAUAAGUAAGAAUGGCCGUGAAGUAGAAUUUCUUUAUCAAACUAUCAGCGAUGUAGCGGAUAUUCAGGGCGUCGAUUUUAUCAAGAAGUCUGGGGACACGAUUACAGUUUGCGUUUUUGGAAAAGGGAUCGAAGUGUUGGCUCUGUCUUUGGAAGAAGCCAAUUUUAACUGCCAUAAUUUAGGCAUACUAUGAAGCUGACAAAGAAAUGUGAUUAUAUAGAACAUGGACUACGGACACAAUAUGGCACCACAAGUUACAGCGGUCACGGAGCCGGUAACUCUAGGCGAGGGUCCGCACUGGGACAGCGAGGAGCAAGCGCUUUACUUCGUCAGCAUCUUCGACAAAUCCAUCCACAAGUACGACCCAGCCACCAAGAAGCACACGCGGUCCGUCUUAGAUGACCAGGUGACUUUCAUAAUACCCGUGGAAGGUAAACGUCACCACUUCGUGGUGGGUCUUAAGCGCCGCAUCGCGGAGGUCAUCUGGGACGGUCAGGACGGUACCGCUAAAGUGGUGCGCACCGUUGCUGAAGUGGACAAACAUUGUCCCGACAACAGGUUGAAUGACGCAAAAACGGAUCCCAGAGGACGUCUCUUUGCAGGUACAAUGGGCCACGAAUACGAACCGGGGAAGUUCCACCUCAAGAAAGGCUCUCUGUACCGCAUCGACCCGGACGGGAAGACGAAAAACCUGGCUGAUAACGUGGACAUCUCCAACGGAUUGUGCUGGGAUAUCAAGGAAAAGGCGUUCUACUAUGCAGACUCGUUUGAAUAUGCGAUCCGUCGCUAUGAUUACGAUAUCGAAACUGGGGACAUCUCAAACCCGAGGUUUGUGUUCAACUAUAAAGACCACGGCUUGGAAGGCAUUGUCGACGGUAUGACCAUCGACACGGAUGGUAAUCUUUGGGUUGCCAACUUCGACGGCCAUCAGGUGUUAAAAAUAGACCCCAAGAAAGGCAAACUUCUCGAGAAAAUUCGAAUCCCCGCGCUUCAAGUUACAUCAGUUAUCUUUGGCGGACCUAACCUGGACAUCUUGUACGUAACCUCGGCCUGUAUGAACCGAGGAGUGGAGCAAAAGCCGCCAUGUGGUUCAACCUUCCAGGUCACUGGACUCGGAGUAAAAGGCCUUCCUAGUGUCAGUGUAAAGCUUAACUAAAUUUGCUGUGAUUGUUUUAUUUGUUAAUUGUUAAAGUUAAUAAAAAUUUAUAG